UAUAAAAGGAUGCUCAUAUGCUGAUGGAAAAUCAGUGCUGCCAAAUACUGUAGAGCUAUAGAGAAAUCUUACACUUAAAAAAGGAUGGGGAAGCAAGCUCAAAUGUUAAGUGUUGUUAAAGACACAACAACUGGGGUUUUACCAUCUAAGGUUUUGUCAGUUGAUCGCACAGUUCGAUGUCCGGUUGCUCGCCAAGUUCGUUGUCCAGUUGUUCAUUUGCAAAACUACAAGGAUGGCUCGAUCACCCAAGAUACACUGCAUCAAAGAGCAGUUCAGAAUACGCCCUGCAAUUCAAAAACUUGCGAGGGCUCCAUAAUGAAUCCCAAAUCUCUGAUACGAGGUCCCUCCAAGAACACAGAUGCCUCAGGCGAUAUCCUCGUGCAGGCUGAGGAUUUCAUCGACCAGUACUACAAAUCUUUUAAAAUUCCUAAUCCAACUGAGCACCAGGCUCGGGUUGAGCGGGUCUCACUGGAAAUCACCCUUACAGGAUCUUACACACUCACUGCAGAUGAACUCGCGUUUGGAGCUAAACAAGCGUGGAGAAACGCCCCGAGAUGCAUUGGCAGGAUUCAAUGGACCAAUUUACAGGUGAUGAUUUAUUUAGCUUUAUGCAACUUGUCCUUUCCACUUCGACGGUCGGGUUUUGUAGGUAUUUAUAGAAAUAUAAAUCUUUUACAGGUUUUCGAUGCGCGUCAGUGCAAGACAGCCGAGGACAUGUUUCACGCCAUAUGUAAUCAUCUGAAGUACUCGACCAAUGGCGGGAACGUGAGAUCAGCCAUUACUGUGUUCCCCAAAAGAACUGAUGGCGAUCAUGAUUUCCGUGUUUGGAAUGGUCAGCUUAUAAAGUAUGCUGGCUAUCAGAUGGAAGAUAGUGUGAUAGGUGACCCAUCAAGUGUGGAUUUUACACAGGUGUGUAUUCAACUAGGAUGGAAACCCAAGUAUGGCCGCUUUGAUGUGCUUCCACUGGUCUUACAGGCAAAUGGAGAAGACCCUGAACUUUUUGAUAUUCCACAAGAUUUGAUUCUGGAAGUCCCCAUAGAGCAUCCACAGUUUGAGUGGUUUAAGGACUUAAAACUUAAAUGGUAUGCAAUUCCUGCAGUGGCAAACAUGUUAAUGGAAAUCGGUGGUCAAGAAUUCCCAGCAUGUCCUUUUAAUGGCUGGUACAUGGGUACAGAGAUUGGAGUGAGGGACUUUUGUGACACCCAGCGGUACAACAUUUUGGAGCGUGUUGGCCAGCUAAUGGGCUUAGAGACACGCAAGCUAUCUUCACUGUGGAAAGACCAGGCACUGGUGGCUAUCAAUAUUGCUGUAAUGCAUAGCUUCCAGAAGAAUAAGGUCACCAUCACAGACCACCAUACGGCAUGCGAGUCGUUCAUGCAGCACAUGGAAACAGAAGUUCGUGUGCGGGGAGGCUGUCCAGCAGAUUGGGUGUGGCUGGUCCCGCCUAUGUCUGGCUCCCUCACCCCUGUGUUCCACCAGGAGAUGCUCAACUACGUCCUCUCCCCCUUCUUUUUUUACCAGACUAAUCCUUGGCUAACACACAAGUGGAAGGAUGAGACGAAAGCCCUCAGGAGACGUAAAGUCAGCUUCAAGGGACUCAUAAGAGCUGUGUUUUUUUCUCAAAUCCUCAUCAAAGCAGUUAUGACAAAGAGGGUGCGCUGCACUGUUUUGUAUGCGACAGAAACAGGAAAAUCACUGAACUUUGCCAAAAAACUAAACUCCAUGCUCAAACGCGCCUUUGACUCUAGGCUAGUUUGCAUGGAAGACUAUGACUUCAGUGAGAUUGAAACAGAGAACCUCCUGAUGGUGGUCACCAGUACGUUUGGCAAUGGAGAGAGUCCAGGAAAUGGCGUGAGCUUUAAGAAGCAGCUUUUCAGCCUGCGAAGCCUGACAAACAACAUCAGGUAUGGUGUGUUUGGCCUUGGCUCACGGGGGUACCCACAGUUCUGUGCCUUUGCCCAUGCUGUGGAUGACAAGCUUGCUGAGUUGGGGGCCAAGCGCCUGACUGCCACAGGGGAGGGCGAUGAACUCAAAGGACAGGAUGAGGCUUUCUCGGCUUGGGCUUACGCUGCCUUUAAUGAUGCAUGUGAGGAGUUUAACAUUAAAAAUCAGUCGAAAGGGGUUGAGCAACAACCGGACUGCUGGGAUCCAAAGAAAUACAGAGUACAGCAUGACAGCAACACCCUGGACUAUGUUGCAGCACUGUCUGCUCUUCACUCUAAAACUAUUUUUCCUGUGACUCUAAAGAGAAGGCAGAAACUGCAGAGCUCUCAGUCAAGUCGUUCUACUAUUUUAGUUGAGCUGAAGAUAGAUGAGAAUGCAGAAGCUUUGAGCUUUGCACCAGGAGACCAUGUAGGGAUUUUUCCAGAGAAUUCUUCACAGCUGGUGGAUGGGAUUCUGAAACGCCUGACAGAUGUCCCUCCUGUUAACCAGACCCUUCAUCUGGAGUUGCUGUCUGACUCUACCAAUGAUAUGAGUUGGCAGAUGGAUGAACGCAUCCCUGCUUGCACUUUGGUUCAGGCUCUUACAUACUUUCUUGAUAUCACUACUCCCCCUUCACAAAGCCUACUGCGCAAACUCUCCACAGUAGCAGGACAGAAGGAAGAUCAUAUACGACUUGUGGCACUUGCAUCAGAUUAUCAGGAAUAUUCUACAUGGAAGGAUUUCUACAGGCCCACUCUCUUGGAAGUCCUUAAGGAAUUUCCCUCUCUAAAAGUGUCAGCAGCAUUUGUUCUGAGCCAACUUUCUCUGCUCAAACCCCGGGUGUACUCUGUCAGCUCCUCACUGGACUGCAAUCCGAAUGAGUUACACCUCACUGUAAAUGUGGUCGAGUACCACACUCAAGGUGGACAGGGCCCACUGCAUUUUGGCACCUGUAGCACGUGGCUUAACACCAUCAAAAAAGGACACACAGUACCCUGCUUUAUUCAUCGCGCCGGUGGAUUCCAUCUCCCAGCAGAACCCAGCACUCCAGUUAUUCUGAUAGGGGCUGGGAGUGGUAUCGCUCCUUUCCGCAGCUUCUGGCAACAACGCUUUCAUGAUGUGAAAAAAAUAGGACUGAAAUGCAAUCCUAUGACAUUGGUAUUUGGAUGUCGUAAUUCUGCAACAGAUCACCUUUAUAACGUAGAAACACUGAAGUUAAGAAUUGAUGGCAUUUUGAACAUCAGUACAGCUUACUCUCGCCAACCUGGUAAACCAAAGAUGUAUGUGCAGGACAUCUUGAGAGAACAACUAAGUGAAAAGGUCUUGGAGGAUCUACAUAAGAACACAGGUCAUCUGUACGUCUGUGGUGGCAUGAACAUGGCUCGUGAUGUUGCGUCCACUUUGCAGGAGAUCUUGUCAAGCAAAACUGGAAUGAGCAUCACAGAGGCAGGAGAAUAUUUGGAGAAGUUAAAAGUUGAGAAGAGAUACCAUGAAGAAAUUUUUGGAGCCUAAUGGAGAUCUGCUGCAACAUGUUUGUUCUUAUUAUUCUGAACUGAUAACUGUAAAAAAAAAAAAAAAAACAUAACGGGUAAUAAAUUUUACAAAUUUGUUUCAUUUUCACAAUUUCAUGUAAAAUUGGAUGUAAAAUAGUGAUUUGUGUUUUAAGAUUCUCUGUUUAAAGAGGAAAAUUGAAGGCUUGUUUUUAGUUCACAUUAGCAUUACAGCACAAUAUUUUUAUGCAAUGAAUAUCUAAGAUCAAAUUCUACUUAUUGUUGAUAUGAUUUUAUAAUUAACUCAGUUUAGGCACAUUUUUUCAUUUUUUAAAGACUGGUAAUUCUGACAUUUUCUUCUGUUUACUUUAUUACUUCAUACCAUGUGUGACAUGUUCUGUAAACAAAUUUUUACCAGCAGAUUUGAUCAUUUGCUAAUUAAUGUAUUAAAUCAUUUGUUUAAUGUAAUUUUUUGA